AUGGCGAAGGAUGGCGAACCCCCAAAGUCGGUCGACAAGGGCAAGGGAAAGGCUGUAGAUGCCGAGCCGGCGAAGCCUGAGGAGAUAAAGAAGGAUAAGGAUGGGAAGCCGCUUGUUAAUGGGAAGGGUGAUGAGCCUGCUAUUGGUGCGCCUGAAGAGCUCAGUGAGGAAGACCAACAGCUGAAGGGUGAACUGGAUAUGCUGGUGGAACGAUUGACGGAAUCGGAUACAACACUUUACAAGUCUGCUUUGGAGGCCAUCAAGGACUCUAUCAAGACCUCUACAUCUUCCAUGACCGCUGUUCCCAAGCCUCUCAAAUUCCUGCGACCCCAUUACGAGCCAAUGAUCAAGCUUUACGAGCAGUGGCCUGCGGGACACGAUAAGACGUCGUUGGCAGAUGUGCUCUCGGUGAUCGGAAUGACCUUCUCAGACGAAGACAGACAAGAUACUCUCAAAUUUAGACUGCUCGCGCCCACAUCAGACAUCGGAUCAUGGGGUCAUGAAUACACGCGGCACUUGGCCUUGGAGAUCGGGGAGGUAUACACCAAGAGAUUGACAGCCGACGAGCCAUACCGGGACCUCAUUGAUCUUGCUUUAGUACUCGUACCACUGUUUCUCAAGAGCAACGCUGAAGCGGACGCGGUAGACUUGAUGAGUGAGCUCGAGGUCAUUGAAGAUAUCCCCAAGUUCCUCGACAAAGACACAUACGCGCGCGUCUGCCUCUACAUGGUCAGCAUGGUCAGUCUCUUAACGUACCCCGAAGACCAACAAUUCCUUCGCACCGCACACGAUAUAUACAAGAAAUACGACCAGCUUACCCAAGCAAUUGUUCUUGCGAUCCGGCUGAACGAUGUGGCGCUUGUUCAAGAGGACUUCAACUCCACUAAGGAUGUGGCGCUCAAGAAGCAAAUGGCUUUCUUGAUUGCCAAGCAGCAAAUCGUGUUGAAUUUGCCUACCGAGACAGAGGAGGAGCGGGAGAUUGUGGAGUGCUUGAACAACACCAAGAUGCCUGAUCACUUCAAGGCUUUGGCUAAGGAGCUAAACAUUCUGGAUCCCAAGACCACAGAGGAUAUCUACAAGAGCCAUCUUGAGAGCAACAGAGUGGCUGGCCUGACGAAUCUGGAUUCUGCCCGACACAACUUGGCUGCUGCAUUCGUUAAUGCAUUCGUAAAUGCUGGAUUUGGCAAUGACAAGAUGAUGUUGGUUGAGGAGGAGAAGUCGGCCUGGGUCUGGAAGACUAAGGACGAGGGUAUGAUGUCUACGGUUGCCUCGCUCGGAACGUUGCUUCUCUGGGAUGUCGAAGGUGGAUUAGACACAAUCGACAAAUACACCUAUGCGGACGAUGACCAGAUUCUUGCUGGUGCCAUGUUGGCUAUCGGUAUGAUGAACUCUGGUGUGAGAAUUGACUCAGAACCAGCACUUGCUCUGUUGAGUGAUGAAGACAGAAUAAACCACAAGAGUCCUGCUGUGCGGGUCGCUUCGAUCAUGGGUCUAGGUUUGGCGUAUGCUGGCUCGAACAAAGCUGGGGUUCUCGAGGUUCUGUUACCUAUUGUUGGCGAUACUUCCCUGGAUAUGCAGAUUUCGGCUAUGGCAGCACUUUCUCUUGGUUUGGUCUUUGUUGGUUCGUCGAACAGCGAUGUCAGCGAGGCUAUUAUUCAGACAUUCCUUGACGAUGACCGGAAAUCACAACUGCAAGACAAGUGGACGCGAUUUAUGGCUCUUGGUCUUGGUCUCCUAUUUUUCGGACGCCAAGAGGAUGUCGAGGUUAUCCUGGAGACUUUGAAGGCUAUUGAUCACCCAAUGUCGAAGCCAACUUCGGUACUCGCUGAGAUCUGUGCUUGGGCCGGAACCGGAACUGUGUUGAAGCUUCAGGAGCUGCUCCACAUCUGUAACGACCACAUCGAGGAGGGUGAUGAGAAUAAGGGCGAUGAGUUGCUGCAAGCUUAUGCGGUGAUUGGUUUGGGCUUGGUAGCAAUGGGUGAGGAUGUUGGUCAAGAGAUGGUCCUCCGUCAAUUCGGCCAUCUUAUGCACUACGGUGAGGCCAAUAUCCGAAAGGCUGUUCCGCUGGCGAUGGGUCUUUUAAGCCCUAGCAACCCUCAAAUGAAGGUCUACGACACUCUCUCGAGAUACUCCCAUGACAAUGAUAACGACGUCGCUAUCAACGCCAUCUUUGCCAUGGGCCUUCUCGGAGCCGGAACCAAUAACGCAAGAUUGGCUCAACUCCUCCGCCAACUGGCCUCCUACUACCACCGCGACCAGGAAUCCCUCUUUAUGGUCCGAAUCGCCCAAGGUCUGCUCCACAUGGGGAAGGGCACGCUGUCUAUCAGCCCUUUCCACACAGACCGCCAGGUUCUCUCCCGCGUCUCUGCUGCCGGCAUCCUCGCUGUCCUGGUCGCCAUGAUCGACGCCAAGCAGUUUGUCACCGACAAGUCGCACUACCUCCUCUACUACCUCAUCACCGCCAUGCACCCUCGCUUCCUUGUCACAUUGGAUGAAGAUCUGAAGCCGCUUACGGUUAAUGUGCGCGUGGGACAGGCUGUCGAUGUGGUUGGCCAGGCAGGACGGCCGAAGACGAUUACGGGGUGGCAGACGCAGAGCACGCCCGUGCUGUUGGCGUAUGGUGAGCGUGCGGAGUUAGAGGAUGAGCAGUAUCUGCCGUUGACUAGUAAUUUGGAGGGGCUGGUCAUUUUGAGAAAGAACCCCGAGUGGGAAGAUGGGAAAAGCUGA